CCCACAUGCAGUCUGCCUCUGUGAGAGGACACUUUGAACAUGAACACAGUUACUGAAGACUGGGACUAAGCCAGCUCUAAGACAGACUUUGACAAUCCAACAUGAUGGCCAUGUGACAUCUAUAUGCUGAAAAGCCAUUGAACACAAAUGAAUGAAAAACUGACCCCUUAUUACUUUUACAUAAAGAACAACAUUCCAGAUGUAAGACAAUAGACUGUGUGUUGCUUCUUCAAAGCUCAGAGUUAAGAGCUCUUGAGAAACUGGAGAACUCCCUGUUCAUCAAUGGCUUUUCAGGAAGUGUUUGAGGAAUCAUUUUCCAUCCUGCAGAAGAUAAGGAUCUGAGGCUGUCAAGUAUGUUCCUGCCCAGCGGAGAGCUAACAUAUGUCAGCAGGCAGUCUUCCACAUCUGUUUUUAACAUCCACUCCUCUGCUACAAACAUGACUGCAAGUCCAAAUGCCUGCUCUACCAAGCCAGGACAAGGAGGAUUCAGAAAAAUCUCUUCUACUGGAGAGCCGAGUGCAUGUCCAAUCCCAGGAGCAGGACCUGGGGUCCUAGAGAUGCGUGUUAAGGAGGGAAGUAAAAUUCGAAACCUUUUGGGCUUUGCUAUGUCUCGUCUGCAGGGGGAAGGACACGUGGUUCCAGUGACUCAGGUUAUGUUUACUGGCAUGGGCCGUGCUAUCACCAAAACCAUUACCUGUGCUGAGAUCGUGAAACGUAAAGUCCAGGGGUUACAUCAAGUGUCCAAGCUUCAGUACAGGACAGUGAGAGAAGUGUGGCAGAGCCAGGAGGAUGAAGUGGUUCAGAUGACCGUGCUUAAAAAUGUCCCAGCCAUUUACAUUCUCCUCUCCAAAGAGCCGCUGGACCCACAGGAGUUAGGAUACCAGUCCCCUGCUGAGACUGGCUCCAGCUCAGAGGAACAGAAAAGUUUAGAUGCUACAGAGGUUUCUGGAAAAAGACCCUUAAGUCCCAGCUCUCAGGCGACCCAGUCCAGCAUAAAAAGAACACACACAGAACCAGCAAAUAAUUACUAGUCUAAAAGAAUUAAAUGGGAAUCAACUUGUACAGCCUAAAACAUGCACUUUUCCUCCAUUCGGUCUUAAGUGAAAUGAACACAUAUCUGUGUAUAUUCCACUGGUGUACAUUAGGAUUAUUAAAAUGCUUGAACAGGAAAGAUUAACCCUCCUAUUAUCUUUGGGAUAAAUUUGACCCUAUUGAAUGUUUAAUGUCUCUAAAUAAAUGACAGAUUUUUUGCUUCAUAUUUAAUGACUUUCUCUAAUAGGGACAACUGGGUAAACAUAAAAUGAAAAUGGUGAUUUUUUUUUUUUUAUGUCCUGCACACAUUUUGUACUCAUCAGUAUUCCUAAGGGUCAGUUUGACCCCAGGCUAUUUUAGCUGUAUGAAACAUAUCAACAAUUUACACACGCUUGUUUUGGUUGUUUGGAUGAUACUGAGGUUGCAAUAACAUGCAAUUUUAGAAUCUUCAAAAAACUUUAGGGCCCUAAUCUAACACAACGACACCUGUAGCAAUGUGAGAACCACCAAUAGUUUAUACCAUAUGGGGGAGAGAAAACAGAACUCCCAUCACAACUUUGAUAUUUCCCAGAGGUUUUAAUUGCUGGGGUCAAACUGAAGAUAACAGGAGGGUUAAGGCAAAUAAAACAUCAGUAAAUCAUGUAGUCUUUCAAAAUUGUUUUUUUUCCUGAGGUUUUCUUCAAAAGAAAGAACCCUCUGUGUCCCGCAGCACUGAAGCGCAAUACUGACCCCUGCAGGAUCUUCUGCAAAUUGAUGAUUUACCCAAAUUCAUCCAGCCACCAAGUGUAACUUCCAAGUAAUAUAAGAUACUGUAACUGUAUAUGUGCACUGACAAAAUA